AUGUCGACCCUCACUUUCGGAGUUGAACUCGAAUUCAUCGUGUUCUACUUCAUUGAAGACCAUCACAUACUACCCCACGACUUGCACGAAACCAUUCACGGGCCGCCUGUUCUCGUUUCGCGGAAUCUUCCCAUCGCAGAGGGCUGGGAGGGAAAAGAAAAGGAGCUGCAUGGUUGCUGGCUCAGGCAGAAAGUCGCUGACGUGAUCAAGUCAACCGGCGCCAAGGUCCAAGCAGAGUGCACCCACACCGACCAAUACAACGGCUGGGGCGUCACCAAAGACUGCAGCCUGAGGCUUCCCCUACACAUCGAACAAGAAUACCUGCCGUACGAAUACGCCGGUAUCGAGAUACAGUCACCAGCACUCACUGCCAACGAAGAGUCCUUCAAACAGGUGAAGCGCGUCGUCGAAGCAAUCAGAACCUCGUUCCGAGCGGCCACACCACCGGUUUGCGGACUCCAUGUCCAUGUCGGAGUCAACCGCACCACGGUUUCCCUGCGCGACUUACAGCGCAUCGCCUGUAUGACAUGGGCUGCUGAAGGACUAAUAGAUGCACUGCAUCCAGGCUGCCGACUCGGAAACAGGCAGUGCUUGGGAUCACGGCACUACAGCAACCUCGCUCGCCGUAUGGAUGCUGAGCAGGCCACACUCGGACAUACACGAGGACAGAUGCGAGGGCCUGCACACGACGAGCCCUGCGUCGAGCGGAUAAAUUCCUACAAGGCGAAACCCACAAUACUACAGUAUAACAAACCCACCGGGAUCACCGCCGACGUGGACUCGACCCCGUCGCGAAGCCUAGCAGCAGACUGCGAAGUCCGCCUGACCAACCCCAAUAAAGAGAUACUACCCGGGAGCCGCGGCAUCAUGGACGGCUGCCGCCAGAUCCUGCGCACUACAGAGCCCGAAGCCGUAGCCGAACUCAUGGCCCUCCCAUUGUCGCGCGGGGCAUACAAUUUCAAGAACUGCUCGUACGAGAGCACGGAGCCAGCGCACGGGAAGCGGACCGUGGAGUUCCGCCAGGCCGCUGGCUCGCUCGACGAGGACUGGGUCGUGCUGUGGGCGAGGAUCUGCCUGGCCCUCUGCGGCUCGGCGGUGCAAGCCACAGACGAGGAAUUUUUCCAACUUCUGUAUGACUGUGUUCUUUCGGAUUUCAGCGAGGAAAGGUACAAUGUGUUUGACUUUCUCUACGACAUUGGAAUGGAGGAUGACGUUGAGCGGAUUCACACCAGGAUCCGAGACCAGCGACAUGAGAGGGAACCGACAGAGCAGUUAUGUGUUGUAUCAGCAAUGACAGGGGCUCUGACGCCAACCUCAGGGUGGACGAACGCCUCGACUAUGUUGUCGACCACAUCUUGGACGACUUCUUCGACAGCAUUCUCCACCGAUCAUUGGGACGACGAGCCAAUCCCGGUCUGGGACACCCAUAUUAGCAAUUAUGACGUGACCACCAGUACGCGUGGCGUUGAUGAGCUCACCUGGGACGACUUCCCAGAUAUCAUGGCGGAUGGAGCGACGACGAGAAUGACAUAUUCAACCCCAAGAGAAGAUGGGCAGACUCGGCAGAGAUUGCUGCAUGAAAAGGGGACACAUUUUGACGGAGGUGUUCCUGACAGGACUGUCGGGAGCCACGGUGCUGGUCGGGGCAAUGUUGGGUGA